CCCUACCCGUUUGCAGCCCAUCUUGAGUCGCUCGACCACCAAAUGUCCAAAAGGCCAUACUGACCUCUCUCUCAUUCUCUCUCUCCCGCUUCUCUUCCUGCUCCCCCCCUGCAAACUGCAUACUCCGCGCCGCCGCCUCCAUUCUAUAGUCGCAGACAAGUGAAGAAAGUAUUGUUAAAGGUAUUCGGGUGUGAGCGGGUUAGGGUUCUUAGUUUCAAGAGAAAAAAACAGGCUUUGGGACAGAAGGGUUGGGAAGCUCAUUAUUCGUCCAUAAAUUUACAAGAAGAUGGUUGAAGAAGAAAGUCACAAAGUGACGGAGGAGGACUCUGUUGACACAGACACGAAUGAUGACUCACAGAAGGUUUAUAGUCAAGAAGACCAAGACGAAGAGGUCGAAACACAUCCCCCAGUCGAAGAGAGUGAUUCCUCUGAAGAUGAGGUUGCUCCUCGAAAUACAAUAGGUGAUGUUCCGCUAAAGUGGUAUGAAGAUGAGGAACACAUUGGAUAUGACAUCACUGGAAAGAAGAUUAAAAAACAGGCAAGGAAAGAUAAGCUAGACUCAUUUUUGGCUGGGGCUGAUGACUCAAAAAAUUGGCGCAAACUUUAUGAUGAGUACAAUGAUGAGGAAGUGGAGCUGACAAAAGAGGAGACAAAAAUUAUCCGUCGAUUAUUGAAAGGAAGAACUCCACAUGCUGAUGUUGAUCCAUAUGCACCUUAUGUGGACUGGUUUGUGUGGGAUGAUGCUAAGCAUCCACUGUCUAAUGCGCCAGAGCCGAAAAGGCGGUUCAUUCCUUCAAAAUGGGAGAGCAAAAAGGUUGUUAAGUAUGUCCGGGCUAUUCGAAAGGGUUUGAUAAAGUUUGACAAGCCAAAGGAUGAAUCACGGUUUUAUUUAUUGUGGGGUGACGAUUCCAGCUCAACUGAAAAAGCUGGGCACGGGCUAAACUAUAUUCCUGCACCAAAACCAAAAUUGGCAGGCCAUGAGGAAUCAUACAAUCCUUCAGUUGAGUACAUACCUACCCAAGAAGAGAUCAAUUCUUACCAGCUCAUGUAUGAGGAAGACCGUCCCAAAUUUAUCCCAAGAAGGUUUGAUUCUCUGCGAAGUGUUCCAGCAUAUGACAAUGCUUUGAAAGAAUCAUUUGAUCGUUGUUUGGACCUGUAUUUGUGCCCUAGAACGAGAAAGAAACGUAUUAACAUUGAUCCUGAGUCCCUAAAGCCUAAACUACCAAGUCGGAAAGAUCUAAGGCCUUACCCGACAAAAUGUUAUCUUGAGUACAGAGGGCACAAGGAUGCUGUUCUGUCGAUUUCCAUUGAAUCAUCAGGGCAAUGGAUGGCUUCUGGUUCAACUGAUGGCACUGUACGUGUUUGGGAGAUUGAGACUGGUCGAUGCCUUAGAGUCUGGGAUGUUGGUGAAGCGGUUCAGUGCAUUGCAUGGAAUCCUUUGGCUGAGCUUCCCAUUCUUGCAGUUUCAGUGGGGCAAGAUGUACUGAUUUUGGACACUGGACUUGGAAAUGAAGAAGAACAGAAAAAAAUUAAAGAACUGCUACAUGUAGGAGCACCUGCUACACCGGAUGAUUCUGGACAUACCACAACCACUGUUAGCUGGCUUCAACAUGACAAACAUGAGGGCAUCAGGUUGAAGCAUGCUAAGACGGUAUCCACAAUUGAAUGGCAUCGGAGGGGAGACUACAUAUCUACAGUCAUACCAAGUGGUGAAUCAAGAGCAAUAAUGAUACACCAACUAUCAAAGAAACUCUCACAAAAUAUUCCUUUUAAGUUGCAUGGACUUCCAGUUACGUCAGCUUUCCAUCCAUCUCGUUCCAUCUUCUUCAUCGCAACAAAGAAAAAUGUCCGUGUUUAUGAUUUGUUGAAGCACAAGCUUAUUAAAAAGCUUGAGACAGGACUUCGUGAGGUCUCUUCAAUUGCUAUUCAUCCUGCAGGUGAUAAUGUCAUUGUGGGGAGCCGAGAAGGAAAACUUUGUUGGUUUGACAUGGAUCUUUCAUCUCAACCAUACAAAACACUCAAGUGCCACCAAAAGGACAUUACAAAUGUUGCCUUCCAUCGUUCUUACCCUCUUUUUGCUUCAUGUUCUGAUGACGGCACGGCAUAUGUCUUCCAUGGCACGGUUUAUUCAGAUCUCAACCAAAAUCCUCUUAUUGUGCCACUCGAAAUUCUCCGAGGGCAUUCCAGUACAAAUGGAAGAGGGGUUAUGGAUUGCAAGUUCCAUCCAAGGCAACCAUGGUUAUUCACAGCUGGUUCUGAUUCAGUAAUCAAGCUAUACUGCCAUUAAGAAGCAGGGAGACCUACAAAAUAAGAGUGAUAAAAGGAUAUGGUCAUAUGAAGAGUACAACUGAAUUAUUUUCAUCCCAUUUUAUCAAAUCUUACAAAUUUUGGUGGCGGCAGCAGCGGCAGUGCAUCUUGUGUGGGAAAGAGGAAAGGAUAUUCUUCAGAAAUUGUAUACAUAUUUAUCAAACCGAUAGAGAGUGGGGAUCUUAGUUGUGGCGGAUAAAGGUAUAUUCUGGUGUUGGAUUGGAAUUGUUCCCCCGUUUUUUUUUUUUUUUUUUUUUUUUUUUUGGGAGGGGGUGUUUGUAGGUGGGGCAACUUGGAAGUAGGCAACUGAUUGAUUCAGGAACUAGUUUCUUACUGCAACUAUGCUUUAAACCAUUGGAUUGGAAUCUCAGAGAGGGAUUACAUAUUUAUUAAUUGUUUGCACCAUUUGGAUUCUGGUCCAA